GGUUGCCCAUUGUGAGUGCAGGGUGAUAUGACAAAGAGGUUCCGUGUAACCUUAUCUUUAUAGACUCUUUUAUAUAACUCUUUAUAAUUGUUGCAUUGCCCACAAGGCUGCAAACACACGACUUAAGAAAGGAUAUUAUUAUUAAUUUGUUCUGAAUUUGUGUAUUUGACCGAAAUGUUUAAUUUCUUCACAUCUCCACGGUGUGUCGCUACAAUUGCUCCGCUGAAGUCGGACGUGUCUUCGUCUCAACGUCGGGGCCACCGUACACCUGACACGGCCGGGUAGGUUGCUACGGCAACUGUAAACAGUGCUUCCUCUCAGUGUUGUUUGCAACAACUGAAAGUUCGCGGGCUGUUAUAUAUGUUGCCUUGUGGCCUUACUGCUAUAUUGGAAAUAAUAAAAAUAUUUACUCUAACUCGGCAACAUGAUUCCGCCUGCUGAUUCUCUGUUAAAAUACGAUAAUCCAGUGCUGGUGAGCAGAAAUACAGAGAAGAAAUCACCGAAGGCUCGUCCCUUAAAGGUCAGCCCCCAGCAGCCGGUUUUGACUGGACCAGUACCACCUCCCCCCAAACCCAAAGCACCUUCAGUGGAUGCUAACAAACAGCAGACUGAAGAAAUUCUCAACGCUAUCCUACCUCCUAGGGAAUGGAUGGAGAACAAUCAGCUGUGGGUGCAGCAAGUGUCCAGCACACCCUGCACUCGAAUGGAUGUCGUCCACCUCCAGGAGCAGCUGGACCUGAAGCUGCAGCAGAGACAGGCCCGUGAAACUGGGAUUUGCCCGGUGCGCAGGGAGCUGUACACACAGUGCUUCGAUGAACUCAUCAGGCAGGUCACCAUCAACUGUGCCGAACGCGGGUUGCUUCUGCUGCGGGUCCGGGAUGAGAUCCGGAUGACUAUCGCUGCCUAUCAGACCCUCUAUGAAAGCAGUGUGGCAUUUGGGAUGAGGAAGGCUCUUCAGUCUGAGCAAGGCAAAUCCGACAUGGAGAAAAAGAUUUCCGACUUGGAAAAUGAGAAGAAGAACUUAGAGAGGCAACUGAAUGAGCAGAAAGCCAAAUGUGAAGCCAUCGAGAAGCGGGAAGCCGAGAGGAGGCAGGUGGAGGAGAAGAAACACACGGAAGAAAUCCAGUUUCUCAAAAGAACUAACCAGCAGCUCAAGGCACAACUGGAAGGUAUCAUUGCCCCGAAGAAGUAAAUGGAACGCUUUUGUAACACAUGCAUGAUUUCUAACAGCACAAAGUUUUUAUUAAACUUUGAAACAUUCUCCUUA